AUGUAUUGCCAGAAGUGUCGCACGCCGUUGAAGUUGGAUAGCUCAAUAGAGUCACUCAACCCAGCUGCCUUUGACUUGUUGUCCAACUCUACAGGGAAGACGCUGUCAGAUACUGGAGCUGUUUCCUCAUCAGUACGAUCGUCAUAUCCGCCCGAACACCGCGACAAGUAUGACCAGUCCUCUAGACAUGCUACACAACCAGUUUACAGACGGUCUAUCCCAGGCCCGCGUGCAGGAGGCCAGCCCAACCCGCCGGCCAUACCCCGAGCCGAAAGCGGCAAUAUGUCAUUUGUGAUGCUCACUGAGUCUCAAGUUGCGCCACCACCAGUCAUCGAGAGUAGUGCUGCUGCUCGAACCAAGCGAAACCAUACACAAGCCCAACUACGUGGCCAGGAGGAUGGGUCAUUCGUUGAUCAAGUGGAGAAGACGACACGACUAUUUGAGAUAGUCUCGGCGCGCUCAGAUAUCGACCAUCCGAUUUGCGUGGAGUGCACUGAGCUCCUUGUCGAAGGAUUGCAAAAACGCUUGGCGGGUUCUACAAAGGAGCGAGAUGCCUAUAUCUCAUUUCUUAGAAACCUAAAUGGGUCAAUCCCGACCGGGGAGGAGCUGCAGGCAGCACAGACAUCGUUGGACGAGAGUCUGGAAGCGGAGCGGGUCGCAUUCGCAGAGCUGCAGUCCUUUGAGAAAGAAAAGGCUGCUCUAGAUGCAGAAAUUGCCAGUUUAGAAAUUGACUCACGACGUCUAGAUGCGGACGAGGAGAACUUUUGGCGGUCUCGCAAUGCGUUCGCGUUGACGCUGACGGAGUUUCAAAACGAACGGGAUGCACUCAAUAUGCGUUAUGACCAUGACUCGCAACAGCUUGAACGACUGCAAAGGACAAAUGUUUAUAAUGACGCGUUCUGCAUUGGCCACGAUGGAUAUUUCGGUACUAUCAAUGGACUACGGCUCGGUCGGCUGGCCAAUCCCUCUGUUGACUGGCCCGAAAUAAAUGCUGCAUGGGGACAAACCGCCCUACUUCUAGCCACGAUGGCUGAAAAACUCGGAUUCCAAUUCCAGGGGUAUCGUCUCCGGCCGCUGGGAUCUAACUCCCGAAUUGACAAGAUUGAAUAUCCCACGCAGCCAUCCGGUCAACCCGUCGAGGGAGCUGCGCCCAAAGUGACCGAACUCGAUCUCUUUUCGUCCGGGGAUCAACUGCUCAAUCUUAAUUGGCUACACCGUCGCUUUGACUCGGGUAUGAUGGCUUUUCUUGAAUGUUUACGCCAGCUGGGGAAGUUUGUUGAACAAACCCCAGCGCCCGUUAUUUCUCCCCGUCGAGGCCAGACCGGCGCCACCGCGCCGGGGUUGAAAUUGCCCUAUGAGAUCAAGCGCGAUCGUAUUGGCGAUGCCAGCAUCAAGUUGGGCUUCAACCAGAGUGAUGAGACGUGGACACGAGCCUGCAAGUACACGCUCACUUGCUGCAAGUUCCUCCUUGCGCAUGCCAGCAAUCUUGCCAGCACGGGGUCUAGCAACUCAGCUGCCGUUGCGGCUGCAGCCGUAGCUGCCGCCGAACAAGCCCGACAGACAACGGCAAAGAAUAAACCAUGA